AACAUGUACUUUUUGCAAUUAAAGCAUAACACAUUCUUACCUUCAAUCAUUAAGUAGCAUUAAACAGCAAUAAUGAGAUUCCUUGCGAUUGCAUUUGCUGUGAUAGCAGUUGUUCGUGCGGCCACAUUGCCGGCCGACUAUCUGCCACCCGUUGUGGAUAACAGUUUGCCUGUACAGGAAUAUUUAGCGCCAGUUACCGAUGUCGCACAAGAUCAAACCGUGCUAGCCGAUGAUGGUUACCGUUAUAAGGCAGUACAUCGUCUUAAGCUACGUCAUCGUCGUGAUGUAAAUGAAUUACCUGAAAAUGAGUACCUGCCACCUGCUGAGGAAGCCCAAAACAGCGCUGUGGAAGAAUCAGUUGAGCCUGCUGCUGAGGUGAAAACCGAUUUGGCUGAUGAUGGUUACCGUUACAAAACUGUCCGUCGUUUGAAAUACCGCAAGCGCCGUGAUGUUGAUGAAGUCCCACAAAACGAAUACCUCCCACCCACUGAGGAAGCUCAAGAAUCCGUUGUCGCUGAGGUUGCUGAAUCCGCUGAGCCCGCUGCUGAGGAAGGAACUGAAUUGGCUGCUGAUGGUUAUCGUUACAAAACUGUCCGUCGUUUGAAAUACCGCAAGCGCCGUGAUGUUGAUGAUGUCCCACAAAACGAAUACCUCCCACCCACUGAGGAAGCUCAAGAAUCCGUUGUCGCUGAGGUUGCUGAAUCACCUGAGCCCGCUGCUGAGGAAGGAACUGAAUUGGCUGCUGAUGGUUACCGUUACAAAACCGUCCGCCGUUUGAAAUACCGCAAGCGCCGUGAUGUUGAUGAAGUCCCACAAAACGAAUACCUCCCACCCACUGAGGAAGCUCAAGAAUCCGUUGUCGCUGAGGUUGCUGAAUCUGCUGAUCCCGCUGCUGAGGAAGGAACUGAAUUGGCUGCUGAUGGUUACCGUUACAAAACUGUCCGUCGUUUGAAAUACCGCAAGCGCCGUGAUGUUGAUGAUGUCCCACAAAACGAAUACCUCCCACCCACUGAGGAAGCUCAAGAAUCCGUUGUCGCUGAGGUUGCUGAAUCCGCUGAGCCCGCUGCUGAGGAAGGAACUGAAUUGGCUGCUGAUGGUUAUCGUUACAAAACUGUCCGUCGUUUGAAAUACCGCAAGCGCCGUGAUGUUGAUGAACUCCCACAAAACGAAUACCUCCCACCCACUGAGGAAGCUCAAGAAUCCGUUGUCGCUGAGGUCGCUGAAUCCGCUGAGCCCGCUGCUGAGGAAGGAACUGAAUUGGCUGCUGAUGGUUACCGUUACAAAGCUGUCCGUCGUUUGAAAUACCGCAAGCGUCGUGAUGUUGAUGAAGUCCCACAAAACGAAUACCUUCCUCCCACUGAGGAAGCUCAAGAAUCCGUUGUCGCUGAGGUUGCUGAACCUACUGAGCCCGCUGCUGAGGAAGGAACUGAAUUGGCUGCUGAUGGUUACCGUUACAAAGCUGUCCGUCGUUUGAAAUACCGCAAGCGCCGUGAUGUUGAUGAAGUCCCACAAAACGAAUACCUCCCACCCACUGAUGAAGCUCAAGAGUCCGUUGUCGCUGAGGUUGCUGAAUCUGCUGAGCCCGCUGCUGAGGAAGGAACUGAAUUGGCUGAUGAUGGUUACCGUUACAAAACCGUCCGUCGUCUGAAAUACCGCAAGCGCCGUGAUGUUGAUGAAGUCCCACAAAACGAAUACCUCCCACCCACUGAGGAAGCUCAAGAGUCCGUUGUCGCUGAGGUUGCUGAAUCUGUUGAGCCCGCUGCUGAGGAAGGAACUGAAUUGGCUGCUGAUGGUUACCGUUACAAAACCGUCCGUCGUCUAAAAUACCGCAAGCGCCGUGAUGUUGACGAAGUCCCACAAAACGAAUACCUCCCACCCACUGAGGAAGCUCAAGAAUCCGUUGUCGCUGAGGUUGCUGAAUCUGCUGAGCCCGCUGUUGAGGAAGGAACUGAAUUGGCUGCUGAUGGUUACCAUUACAAAACUGCCCGUCGCUUGAAAUACCGCAAGCGCCGUGAUGUUGAUGAAGUCCCACAAAACGAAUACCUCCCACCCACUGAGGAAGCUCAAGAAUCCGUUGUCGCUGAGGUUGCUGAAUCUGCUGAGCCCGCUGCUGAGGAAGGAACUGAAUUGGCUGCUGAUGGUUAUCGUUACAAAACUGUCCGUCGCUUGAAAUACCGCAAGCGCCGUGAUGUUGAUGAAGUCCCACAAAACGAAUACCUCCCACCCACUGAGGAAGCUCAAGAAUCCGUUGUCGCUGAGGUUGCUGAAUCUGCUGAGCCCGCUGCUGAGGAAGGAACUGAAUUGGCUGCUGAUGGUUAUCGUUACAAAACUGUCCGUCGCUUGAAAUACCGCAAGCGCCGUGAUGUUAAUGAACUUCCACAAAACGAAUAUCUCCCACCUGUUGAGGAAGCUCAAGAAACAGCUGUUACUGAGGUCGCUGAACCCGCUGAGCCAGCAGCUGAUGAUGCUACCGUUUUAGCUGAUGACGGUUACCGAUACAAAGUGGUGCGUCGGUUGAAAUAUCGUCAUCGUCGUGAUGUGAAUGAACUGCCCGCUAAUGAGUAUCUGCCACCAACUGAGGAAGGUCAAGAAGUUGCGGAGCAGCAACCUGAAGAAGAAACAGCUGCGCUUGCUGACGAUGGAUAUCGGUACAAAACUGUGCGUCGUUUGAAAUAUCGCCGUCAUUAGUUAAAUCAAUUGCAUUUUAAGAAACAUACAUAGGAACAAAAGCUAUUAUUCAUGUACAUAAAACAUAUAGGCAAAGGUAAACACAUUAGAUAUGAAGGGAAGAAUGAAGUGAAUCACGAAAAAACAUAAACAAAAUUAAAAAAAUAAAACGAAAAAUAUUUCAAAAUAAAACAAAAACGAUUACUCAUUGUUGGGGUAUUUAACAUGUAAUGGAUUAUCAAUUACUGUGCAUAGCAGUUUGAAAGCUAGCGGUAGAAAGUUUGCUUUCAGUACACGUUCAUAACAUGGCAUGGCAUAUCUGUGUGGCUUAUCUUAUCACUUCCAGUGUAGGAAUUGCCUGGAAUGCUUAUCAUACUUCCACUAAGAGACCUUACUAUCGCAUGCUGCUAUUCGCCAGUUUAACGAAGACCGUCAAAGAAAUCUUACUUAAUUUUAGAAACGACUCGUGCUUUAUAUAAGUGCAACGAAGUAUUUAUUUUUUAUUUUUAUAAAUUCUGUAUCAGCGGAAGUUAUUACAAAAUGCAUUUGGUGAAAAAGAGUGCUACUUAUUUGGUGAUC